GCAAGAUGGCUGCGCCCAGUAAAGCCGAUUAUUUGAAGAAAUAUUUAUCAGAAAAUGCGGAAGAAAAGAAGAAAAAGAAGAGGAAAAAACUUGCCGGAGCCCCGGCUAAAGUUAUUAAAUCAAGGAUUGUGGAUGAUGAUGUAGAUUUCAAGUCGCUUUUGCCCAGUAACCUGAGUAAUACUCUUGAAGAAGAUGUGGGAGACAAUGACCCAAUGGUAGCAGAUGUGAUUGACGAGAGACCCGAGCAUGUCAAGAUGCUGGAGAAAUAUCGAUCUUCUGGUGCUUGGAAAGUGCUUGGGAAAGAUGAAGAAAGGGACAUUGCUGAUCGACAAAGGAAAUAUAGACAUGAUUCAGACUCGGAUACUUCACCACCCAGACACAGACGACAUGAUUCAAACACAGACUCAGACACAUCACCACCCAGGCGUAAAAGACAUGAUUCAGAAAGUGAUCAGUCACCACCUCGUAGGUCAAAGCAAUCUUCAAACACACAAAGUAGAGACAGGCAUAAUUCAGAGUCUGAUUAUUCCCCACCUCGAAGAAAAAGACAUGAUUCUGGUUCAGAUUCUGAUCCGUCCCAACCAAGAAAGAAACAAAAUAAAUCAACUGCUGAUAGACAGUCACAUAGACGAAAGAGACAUAAUUCAGACUCUGACCCAUCACCACCUAGAAGACAAAGGAAUGACUCAGAUUCUGACCAAUCACCACCCAGGAAACAAAAGAGGCAUGGUUCAGAUUCUGACCAAUCGCCACCUAGAAAACAAAGGCAUAACUCAGAUUCUGACCAAUCGCCACCAAGAAGAAAAAGGAAUUUUUCAGAUUCCGACCAAUCACCGCCAAGAAGUAAAGGUUCAAGACAGUCAUCCAAACAAAAGGCUGUACAAGAUAUAACUGGAAAAAGAAAGAAACACAGACAUAACUCGGAUUCAGACAAUUCACCACCCAGAAAAGGCAAAGAAAAGACUGAGAAAACUUUGUCUGGGAAAAAGGCAGGACUCAGCUCUGCUAAAGAAAUGAGAAGGGAAGCUGAUGAAUUGAAAAUGUUAGAAGAUGAAAAAUUCAGACAGAUUGAUGAUGGAAGGCUGGGCAGAGGAGCGGCGACCGUUUUCCGAGACAAGAAGUCAGGGAGGGUCCGAGAUCUUGCAGAUGAGAGAAGACAGCAGUCAGAAAAAGAGAAGAUAAAAGCUGCCGAAGAUGAGAAAUUCAAACAGAUGGCAAAGGGGUUAAAGCAGUUAGAGACCCAGACUACCAAGCGGGAUGAAGCCUUGCACGAGGCUGAAAAGCCAAUGGCCCGUUACCGUGACGACGAGGAUUUGGACCAGAUGCUCCGCGAAAUGGACCGGGCAGAAGACCCUAUGUUGGCCUUCAUGAAGAAGAAAAAGAACAAAAAUGCUCCAGCAGUGAAGGAAAAGCCUAAAUAUAAGGGUCCAGCCCCGCUCCCUAACCGAUUUGGAAUCAUGCCAGGGUACAGAUGGGACGGUGUGGACCGGUCUAAUGGAUUUGAGAAACAGGUGUUUGCUAAACAGGCUGAGGGAAAGGCACAAACUGACAUGGCUUAUAAGUGGAGUGUAGAAGACAUGUGAAUACGGAUUGAAAUAGUGGACUGUGAUUUGGUUUUGUUAAGUGUUUGCUUUGUGUUAUCAGUGGUGUUACAUCACAGACAGUGAUGUUAAUCUAGUUAAGAUUGAUGUUGUUGAAGUAUGGAACUGUCCAAUAAUGUGAAUAUGUGAAUUUGGCCUAGAAUGAAAUUUAAAGCCAAAAAGAUGAGGUGAGAAACAGGACAUAAUAUUAUGGCAGAGGAGGAUGAUAAAGUUCAGGAUUAAUCUGACGUCGCAAUUGACAUCAGUCAUGCUCAGAAGUGUCAGUUUAAGACAAUAACACUGUAGUAAAAAAAGGUCUGGUUAUUAACAUUGAAAACAGUAUUUAAAGAAAUACUUUGAAGGGUUGGAAUCAAUUUAAUUGUAUCUAUGGUGCUUAUUCUUGCUUUGGGCUUAAAUCCUACCUACACAAUGUUUGGUCAGUGAUUAUCCCUGGGCAUAGCCAAAGUUGUAGUUAUAUGCAGGGACUAUUGUCUAAACAUUUAGACCAGCCUAUAUCAAUUUGGUGUCAUAAAAGUUUCAGGAGGUAUUUUUUAUUGUGCAUUUGUUAAUAGCAGUACAGUAUUAAACUGUCUCAAUGAAUUUAUAGAACCAAGACUUCUCGAUUAUGUGAACAUGUUUUUAAGUUUGUAAUAAAUUCAAAAACAUUGUUA